CCUGACAGCCACUGGUCAACACAGCUCUGUCCCUGGUCAAGUACUGACCUGUGAUCUUGGAUGAACGAAGACCCCAGUAUGAACAACGCUGCAGGCUGACUAAGGUGUUUAGCAUGUGGGCGGAGAUCCUUCAUGGACCAUAAACUGGGUCAUGCAAGCUUUCACGGACAGCAUUCUGCGGUUACGAGUUGCUAUUUCCUGGUUCCUUAUACACCCUGUUGUAUACCCAUCGUAUCACGCGUGUGAUAACCACCCCGUGUAGUACGAGUCGUGAUUGUGUUGAUUAGUCAUACUGUGGAUUCUUGUGGAUGUAUUGCUUCAUACUGGAGUGUAUCGAUGUACGUAACUGAAUGUGUUUAUGUAAACAAUCGUGACUGGGGGCCUUGAAAAGCCCAGGAGAUAAUGGUAAACAAAGGCACCCGCCAUUCAGCCUCUGUAAUUGACUUGAAUGGGCUCGGUAUUUGAGUCAUUUAGGAGGCGCGCUUGGUAUAUACACUACCACGGAAUUUUGGACAGGUAGAUUUCAAUUGGAGGUGUGAUCAUUCACAACUGACUACAGAUCCAACAUCCUCAAUGACUCGCAAGACACAGCCGUCCCGGCAUGAAGACAAGAUGUCGCUGAAGCAGGAGCGUCCUGCACGAGCCACGCUACCAGUUGCCAGGAGCCAGUCGUUCGGCGGGAUGUCUGUACGCUCCCAAUCUUCCUCAUCCUCGUCCACGUCUGUGCUGGGUGACACGAUACGUCGUAGUCCCAGGCUGUAUACACGGCCCCAGCAGACGAGCCGAGGAUUAGGAUUCAGUUUUCGUAAAUCACCGAAAAUCCCCAAAAUUCCAAGGCCAAACAGAGCUCUCCUGAUGUUUGAGAGCAUGAAAAAGGGUAUCAGGGAGUUCAUCCGAGCUACCCAGGAGGAUGUGAUACAGCUGCAGGCUGGGGACUCCAACACAUCCACGGCACAGGGUAGGCUCCAUGAAACAGACAAGCAAAUCAAAGCUGCUGAAAGAUAUUUGAAGAAACUGGAAUUUCACUUGUCAAAGAUUGAUGAGCUCCAUGAGUGCUACCUGGUUCAUCAGCAACUGCGAGAAGGGGGGCGGACAAUGGCAAGAGCAUACACAACGUCGCCUGGCAACCGAAAGCAGUCCCUCACUAAUGUGAAAUACGGGUAUAAGGAGUGUUCACAGACAUUAUGUGCAAUAGAAGCCCAGUUGGAAAACAUGCUCGGGACGUUCCACUGUAAACUGAAGGGUAUGGCAGGGUUUGCUCGACUCUGUCCUGGUGAUGUAUUCGAGGUUUCCAUCCGCCAUGGGCCACAGAAAUGGAAGACAAAAGGCCGCAUCGAGAAGAACAACACACAGAAGUGGGAUCAGCCUGAGUUCAUGUUUAAAGCUUUGGUAGGAGAAGUCCUCAGUCUAAAGGCAGUGGAGGUGCGCAGCUUUAAAAGUGUCCUGCUGGGGCAGAAGAACUGUGAGAUCAAGGAUCUGUUUUCUGCCAACCCCCAACUCAUGACAGUCAGCAUCAACUUCAAUGGCUCUCUCAAACUCAGCAUCGUAAUCACAUGGAACCCUCUUGAUGGCAUGGAUGAAACUGUGACGUUCUUCGAGGCCCCAAGUCGACCCCAGGGAACUCCCCGAAGGCGACCUGUGUCGGUUCUAGCACUCAAUGGCCAGCUGUCUGGUAGUUAUGGCUACCUGCCAACCGGUCCGGAACGGCGCUACUCCAGCCCUCUUCAUGUCCAUCACUCCAAGGACGACUACUACAUGUUUGGCUCCUCUACCUCCCUGCCUACCCGGGCUUUCGAGUCCCACUCGUACCAGGCGUCGCCUCUUCUCCGCAGCAAGGACAACACCGUGUUUGUGAGCAGCCACACUCAGGGAUCACGACUAUCACAGACAGUAUUAUCUAGUGCCCUGCCAGUGCAGCCUCUCCCUCAGACGCUUCUGCCCGGUGUUCUUUCGCAGACUGUUAUGACCAAUCGGGAUGAACCCACUAGUAUUGAGGAGGGGCUAAAUGUGCUGACGACCUCGUUAGAGGAUUUCCUCGGACAAUAUAAUGAGCUGCAGAAGCUGGAAGAGGUGGUGGUAUUCCUGGAGCAGUUCAUCAGAAAACAGUCGCCACGCAGCUCUCGUUCUUCCAGCAUCAGUGUUUCCAUAGAGAGCGCGCUUGAAGCUUUCGACUUCCUCAACACAGAGGAUACGACAGACGAUGCCACAGAUGACCUUGACCCUAGUCCUGAAGUGAGCCGGACAUCCAGCAUUGAUCAAAUUCUUGCCAGCCCAGAGUCCACUGCCAAGACUGCAGACUGAAUCGAAUCCCUCGCCAAGCGGCUCAGCGAGGACACUCAACUGGGCUCUAGUCUGGGUUCGAGCCCCAUCCCCCCUUCCACAGGGAACGAACAAGUUGACCAGGCCCUCCUCUUUCAUCUUGGAUACUGUGAUAGACUUCUGGAGAGUUUGGGCAACUUUGGUCCUCUGAGGUGUCGAGAGUUCUACGCACUGGAUAAACUCCAGAAGCAAGCCUUCAUCAUUGAAAGUUUGAUGAAGAUUGCCAAACAAGGCCCUGAUGUGGAUCUGCAUUCUGUGAUGUCGGAACUGACUGACGACAAGGCAUUAAAGGAGUUCUGGGUUCUAUGUGUGGACCAGAACGUGCUGUACGUCCACCCAGAGAAGCUGUCCUACACCAUGGAGCAGAGGUUUGGCCUCAAUAUCAAGGAGACCUUUGAUGUUUCCCCUGCAAGAGUGUUUGCCUACAUCAUGGCGAAGGUGCUGGACCUGCCGUCGUACGACCCCGACAAGCUGCGUCCGUCCUUGGUUGUCACCCUGCAACAGUUUGUUAGCUUCUUCAAGAAGGAUGGUCUGGCUGUCAUCGACUCCAUCGCUCAGGAGAUCAGCCUGAUGGAUCGGUUGUGUUCAGGAAACACAGACAUGGUCAUCAAAGCUGUGUUGACCUUGAAGGAGGACAUUCCUUCCCCAACUUGUCUGAAGGUCGUUGGAACACUACUGAUUGCAAAUAAUAGAGAGGUCAACCAGACAGCGACAACCUAUCUGAAGGCUGUUGGACGAAACAAAGAAGUUCGAGAUAAGGCAAUGGUGAUUUUCGUAGAGGGUCUGGAGGAUCAGAUCCCUGAUGUCCGAGGAGGAUCUUGCUAUGCACUAUCAGUUCUGGAGGCGGUGGAGAGUAUAGACCAGCUGGUGUUUGUGUGCCAGGCGGAUGCCGCCUCCACAGUUCGGAGAAAGGCCAAGGAUGCACUCUUCUCAAUGGGUGAUGAGGGAAGACGAGCGUUUGAGGAAGCCCAGCUGUCUUCCCACGGCUUCCAGGGACUUCAGAUGAAGAAGUGAACCGUCACCCGUGUGGUGUCACCAUCUGUGCAAUGUCGAAGAUGGGAAAUCUCCUGCCAAUUCUCACCCCAAAGAGAGUUAACUUUCGAAGAGACAAUCCUGACAAGGAUUUGAAGUCAUUUUCAUUCUUUGUACAUUUUGUUACCAAGGAGAUGAGAUUAUGCAAGUGUGUCCGACCAUGGUGAAUACGGAUUCAGCGUGUUGGGAAGAAAGUAUUCCAUUGGUCUGUGUGUGACAUUGUCUGUAUGUCCAGCUGUGCCAUGAUAAUGUGUAACGCUAUCAGCAUCUACAUCAUACACCACAAAGUCCUAGUUGGGAUUGUACUAACAUAUAGUACAGCUACACCACAGGGGCUGUUCAGGAAUCAGUGUUGCCCCAGAACCUGGAACUGUGAUCUUGAGAACACAACAGAAUGGAAGCUUCUGGCAUGAUACGAGGAAGAGACCCCGAUGCAAUGACACUGUUUGAUGUGUAACGAUAUCAUAGCAUGCUAGAAUUCUGUCGCAGUGUAGUUGCAUCAUAUUUCUAUGAGAAGACUUUGCUAGUCGUUGCCAAAAGAUCCAUAUGUGCAUCUGUUUUCCACCUGUGAUCAUAGAUCGUGUCAUUGCAGUUAGAACCAUAUUGAUUGUCAGAUAUCCUUACAGGGCAUUGUAUUGACUGAUAUCACUUCAUUAUGUAGGUUAUGACUUUGAUGUAGGAUAUCAGUGUUUGAUAUAGGAGUUAUCACACAGUAUGGUAAUGAAGACUGGAAGUGAUGCUCUAUGUAUUAUAAGAAUGGUCAGGUUAUAUUGCAACCACAUUUUUGUUGCUAAUAUUAGUUUUAAUUGAGUUUUCACUGCAGUAUCAGUAUGUUAAUGUGAUGUGAUGAUUUCAGAAAUUACGUGUGUGAGUACUUGAGGAUACAGUUUGCAUAGUUCACAGUAGAACAGCUUCCCACAAGUACUGGUGCUAGCAGUUACUAGUCUAAUGAUACAGUUUACAGACACGCAUAAUUUCUGAAAGCACCCAUACCCAAAUUCUUCCAGUGAUUUGUUUUAAGUCAAUCAAAAUUGUUGCUAGUCAGAAAAUGUAUGUUGAUCUAAAGAGAAUGUGAAUGCUAAUCAUUGUUUAUAUAUAUCGUUGGAAUGUAAAUAUGGUAUUUGCACUAACAUGGCUUAGCCAGAUGUAAUCAUGUAUAUACACUUGUACAGAUUUUGUAUUUCAUAUUGUACAAUAUAAGCAUUUUGAUCCAUGUGACAAUAUGUUGUUAGUUUAUUUGUUGACAGUGCUAAUAACGGAGACGAUAAGGAAUACCGUAUUUCCUCUGUUAAGAUGUAUGUUAUCUAUGCAGCUAAAGAGUUCUCUCCGUUGUAUAUGAAAACCAUCAAAGUGGCAGUUGAAUGGUUUGUGGUUAAAGGCGCACUUGCCCUGAAAAGACAACUGUUCGAUUCCCCACAUGGGUACAGUGUGUGAAGCCCAUCAUUCUUUGGAAAUAUGUCACUUUUUUCACAUGUGUCCCUGCUGUGAUAUUGCUGGAAUAUUACUAAAAGCAGCAUAAAGCCAUUCUCACACUGACUUUAUAUGCUGAGUUGGACUCAAAGAUAUAAGGGCCAUGACUCCAGCAUGUGCGUCAGUAGACCCUGGGCUGUUAAUGUAGGAAAUAUGGUAUUCACAUCUCUGUUAACCAUUUAUGAUACGACUGGUCUAGUCUGAUUCCUCACUGGUUUCUCGAAUCUUGAGUUGUUCAUACCCUCAGGCCAAGUCUAGUCCAAGUCACAGAUUUGUUUUAAUUUUUCAUGAUAGUCAUCCACAAGGACUGUUUGAAUGUUUUCUUUUGUUUAUUAUCUAACAAUCUUGCAACGAGGCUGAGUUGACGAACUUCACUUUCACCAUUAAUUAUAAGUAUUUGUUAGCUUUGUGGGCUAAAAUUACAAUUACAUUUGAUAUACCUUUGUACUUUUUAACUUUAUCUUGUAUAGUAUGAAAAGAUUAGUUAUCUCCAAAAUAGAACUGUAAAAUUAUAAAUUUGGUUACAUUUCCAUGUCAGUUGGUUGUUAUCAAUAAAUAUUAUUUCAUUAGACUUGACAUGAUGCAAAAUGCUGGGAUUGACAUGUAAUUGUUACAGCGACCUUGAUAAGACUGGACAGUUGAAGUAUGUCGACAGCAGGCAGUUGGCCAACUGUCAUCUCGUCCAGGGUGUAACGGCUGCUGUUGUAUAACAACUGUUAAUCCCUCCAUUCCACGCUGUCUAUUGGUUAUUCCUUCCUUAUUUCAUAGCAUCUAUAUUACUUUCAUAUUUACAGUAAUGCACAUAAAGAGACACACAUUAAUGUCUUUGUAUUGUCCCAAAGUCUGCUUCAUAAAGGACUUCUUCAAACCACA